UUUCCUUCUUCCGUUUCACACUUUCUCUUCUGCACAAUCAAUUAAACACAACAUAACAAAACAAUAAAGGCAAAAACAACCUUACCUUUAACCUUUGCAGCAUUACUUUCACUGUUUCCUCGGCAUCACCGAAUCACUAACAUUUCCCAAUGUCGCCACUUCCAACUCCUUCCAACCUUUGCUUCUCAUUCAUCAUACUGUUCUUCAACGUCUCUUUGAUUUUCGCCACGCAAUUUGACUUCGGAACUUUGACUAUGAGCACGCUCAAGCUUCUCGGCGCCGCCCACCUCCACAACAACACCAUCAGCCUCACCGGCGACCCCGCCGUCCCCAACUCCGUCGCCGGCAGAGCGCUUUACGCCACCCCCGUCAGAUUCCGGCAACCGGGCACCCCUUCUCUGGCGAGCUUCUCCACCUUCUUCUCCUUCUCCGUCACCAACCUCAACCCCUCCUCCGUCGGCGGCGGCCUCGCCUUCGUCAUCUCGCCGGAUGCCUCCGCCGUCGGGGGGGCCGGAGGCUUCCUAGGCCUCGGUGGCAGCGGCGCCUGCGUCGCCGUGGAAUUCGACACCCUCAUGGACGUGGAAUUCGUCGACAUUAACGGAAACCACGUCGGAUUGGACCUAAACAGCGUCGUUUCGACGCAAGUUAGCGACUUGGGAGAACUCGGGGUGGAUCUCAAAAGCGGGGACACGGUGAACGCGUGGAUCGAUUACGACGGAAACACCAAAGUGUUGCGCGUGUGGGUGUCGUACUCGAAUGUGAAGCCCGAAGUUCCGAUUUUGAAGGCGGAUCUCGAUGUGGGUCUGUAUUUUAAGGAUUUCAUGUAUGUGGGGUUUUCUGGGUCUACACAAGGUAGCACCGAGGUGCACAGUGUCGAGUGGUGGAGUUUCAACUCCUCCUUUGAUCCGGCGGCGGCGGCGGCUCCUGCCUCCACGUCAGCACCCUCCGCCACGUCAGCGCCAGAGGAGAAGGAGAGUAAGUCUUCUAACAAGGGUAAUGUGGGGGCGGUUGCUGGGGUUGUCAGUGCUGGUGCCUUUGUUCUUGCUCUCUUUGCUGGUGCAUUGAUUUGGGUGUAUUCUAAGAAGGUGAAGCCUGUGAAGAGGCUUGGUGGUUCUAUUGAGUCCGAGAUCAUUAGAAUGCCUAAGGAGUUUAGCUACAAGGAAUUGAAGCUGGCCACUAGGGGGUUCAGUGCUAAUAGGGCCAUUGGCCAUGGUGCUUUUGGGACUGUUUACAAGGGUGUGUUGCCUGAGAGUGGUGACAUUGUUGCUGUGAAGAGGUGCAACCAUAGUGGUCAGGGGAAGAGUGAGUUUCUGUCUGAGUUGUCUAUAAUUGGGAGUCUUCGGCAUCGGAAUUUGGUUCACCUUCAAGGUUGGUGCCAUGAGAAAGGUGAGAUUUUGUUGGUGUAUGACUUGAUGCCAAAUGGGAGUUUAGACAAGGCUUUGUAUGAGGCCAGGAUGAGUUUGUCAUGGCCUCACAGGCUCAAAAUUUUGUUAGGUGUGUCGUCUGUUUUGGCCUACUUGCAUCAUGAGUGUGAAAACCAGGUAAUUCAUAGGGACAUUAAGACUAGCAACAUUAUGUUGGAUGAAGGGUUCAAUGCCCGGUUAGGCGAUUUUGGUUUGGCAAGACAAACGGAGCAUGACAAGUCUCCUGAUGCCACCGUGGCUGCCGGGACAAUGGGGUACCUCGCCCCGGAGUAUGUGCUUACUGGUAGGGCCACUGAGAAAACUGAUGUGUUUAGUUAUGGUGCUGUGGUUCUUGAGGUGGCCAGUGGGAGGAGGCCUAUUGAGAAAGACUUUGUUGGGGCUGGUAAAGCUAAGAGGAGCAGCAAUUUGGUGGAAUGGGUUUGGAGUUUACAUCAAGAAGGUAAGUUACUAAUGGCGGCGGAUCCAAAGCUUGAAGGCGAGUUUGAGGAAGGGGAGAUGAGGAGAGUGCUCUUGGUUGGAUUAGCUUGUUCACAUCCUGAUUCAGUGGCAAGGCCUACUAUGAGGGGAGUGGUUCAGAUGCUGUUGGGUGAGGCUGAAGUGCCUAUCGUCCCUAGAGCCAAGCCAUCUACUAGUUACAGUACUUCUCACCUCUUAAUGAGCUUGCAAGAUAGUGAAUCAGACUGUAACAUUGCUACGAUCACCAUCUCCACCUCUUCAUCAGGGAACAGCUUCAAUGACAGAGAUAUAGUCUGAUGGAAGAUCACAACUGGGAUCUUGUCAUUUUUUAAUUAUUUACUCAAAGUGUAGAUAGAAUGAUAUGUAUUCUUUUGUUCAUGUAUGUAAACGCCAAUAACAUACAGUUGAAGAAGGCCUUGAGAAAGGUGAGAAUUUUGGGGAUUAUGCAAUUUUGCCUCCAGCGUUUAGUUUAUGGUAGAGUGCUUCUGUUGUACAUUUUUUAUACAAAUUUAGUGGAUCUUGAUGCUGAGAAAUGCGAGA